AUGGCAGCACCGGCGGCGGGAUGUGGCAGCGGGGCCGUGCCCGCCGCCGUGCCCGCCGCCACCCGCCUGCAGGCCUAUGCCUGGUGCCGGGAGUUCCUCUCCGGCUCCUGGAAGCUCAUCGGGCCCGAUGAGUUCGUUAUCGGACCCAUCAGCGGGGGGCUCAGCAACCUGCUCUUCAAGUGCGCCCUGCCCGAGCACGUCCUGAGCGUGGGGGACGAGCCCCGCCAGGUGCUGCUGCGUGUCUAUGGGGCCAUCCUGCAGGGGGUGGACUCCCUGGUGCUGGAGAGCGUCACCUUCGCCAUUCUGGCCGAGCGGGCGCUGGGGCCGCGCCUCUACGGAGUCUUCCCUCAGGGCCGGCUGGAGCAGUUCAUCCCGAGCCGGCGGCUGCGCACCGAGGAGCUGCGGGAGCCCGGCCUCUCGCGGCUGAUCGCGGUCAAGCUCUCGCGCUUCCACGGCAUGGCCAUGCCCUUCAACAAGGAGCCCAGCUGGCUCUUUGGCACCAUGGAGCGGUACCUGAAGCAGAUUUCAGAGCUCACCUUCACUGAGGAGGAGCAGCUGGAGAAGUUCAACCACCUCAAGACCUACAACCUGCAGGAGGAGAUGAGGAACCUCAGGGAGCUGCUGGAGGCCACCCCCUCGCCUGUGGUCUUCUGCCACAACGACGUCCAGGAAGGGAACAUCCUGCUGCUGGCCGGGCACGAGGCCUCCUCCUCGGACAAGCUGAUGCUGAUCGACUUCGAGUACAGCAGCUACAAUUACAGGGGUUUUGACAUUGGGAACCACUUUUGUGAGUGGGUUUACAACUACACCCACCCAGCCUGGCCCUUCUUCGAGGCCACCCCGGAGAACUACCCCAGCAGGCAGCAACAGCUCCAUUUCAUCCGGCACUACCUGUGGGGGGACGAGGGGCGCUGCGGGGACAGCACGCCCGAGGAGCGGCUCCGUGCCGAGGAGGAGAUGCUCACCGAGAUCAGCCGCUUCGCCUUGGCCUCUCACUUCUUCUGGGGGCUGUGGUCCAUCCUGCAGGCCAAGAUCUCCACCAUCAGCUUUGGGUACCUGGACUAUGCAGAGAGUCGCUUCCAGGCCUAUUUCCAGCACAAGGCGCAGUGCUCCUGAGAGUGAUCCUCCUGGGGCCGUGUGGGACCCUCCCCCCAGCCCUGCCUGGACCCCUCCUCACCUCUGCCUGACCCCCCCCAGCCCUGCCUGGAACCCCCUCUGUCACCUCUGCCUGACCCCUCCAGCCCUGCCUGGACCCCCUCCCAGCCUCCCCCUGUUUGCCCUGGCAGUGCCCAGGCUGUGGGGCAGGACAAGGACAGGCUGUGCCCUCCCUGGGGAGGGGGCUGCAACGGUUUGGGGGGUGGUGAGGGGUCUGGGAUGGUUUUGUGGGGGCUGGUGCCCACUUCAGGUACCCCCCACAGUGCAGGGAAGGCAGUGG